AUGUGGUGGGACGAUUUAUGGUUGAACGAAGGUUUUGCCACGUACAUGGAACACAUCUCAUUGGACGCAAUCACAAAAGGCGUCAUGAGACUGGUAGAAAAAGACUACUUCCUCGUCGACACGCUGGAAAGAGCUCUGCAAGCGGAUUCAGUAGCCUCCAGUCAUCCGUUGUCCUUCAAGGUAGAAAGAGCUGUAGAAAUGCAGGAAGCUUUCAACCCGAUAUCCUAUGAUAAAGGAGCAUCCUUGCUGGCAAUGAUUUCUUCGGUACUGGGAGAGAAGAAUUUCAACUAUGGGAUAAAG